AACAGCAAGUCACUGGAGUCACUCUAACACUGUUUCCAAAAGCACCAGAUGUGUCUUGGAGUUUGUCUUAAAAUUCUGGUGAUGGUUCUCACCCUCGGGGUCACCAUUCGGUGCGACUGGGUCGAGAUACCGUUUUUGCAGCCUUCCACAACUACCCAAAGGCCGGUGGUGUUGAUUCGCCACAAACAAAUCGACCAACGGCCGGGUGCUGAUACAAUUAGUCAUGUGCUUCCUUCAGUGGUUGACAGUGGACAUAAUGUGGUUGGUGAUAAUCUGGAUGACGAAAGGGAUAGUGAAGUGAGCCGCUUUCAAGGUGAAAUUAGUGAUUUGGUAGAUUCCGCAGCGUUUGCACAGAACAUUCACAAAGGAUUUUAUGUAUAUCCAAGAACGAAUGUUUCCAAUAAACUUUUUGCGUUCCCUGCAACAGAAAACCGAAGAUUUGUCACGGAUUUGAUCGACAGAGAUCAAGCACCAAUGACCAACAAAUAUGAGGAAGAAUUGAUCGAAUAUCUGGAUACCAAACCGCCACUCUUAGCGCUGUCCGUGGGGGAUCGCAUUGAUUUACCCACCCUCGGAGCAUCGAACGAAGUCGUCUAUGAGGAAACCAUUGAAACAUCCGAGGAGGACCCAAAUUCGAGCGGACAAUCAGCCGCGUCCAAUAGCGCUGGUAUCUCUCCCAACAUCGAUUAUCACGACGCCCCUAGCAGUGAGCAAUACAAGAAUGUUUCCAUCAGAAGGCUCAAGAUUCUUCCGGGCACGGAUCGAGUCACAAUUCUGCGAGUGUUACCUCCACGACGUUUUCAUCGUCCCGAGGUGGCAUCCGACGAAAAUGGUUUCAUGGGAUUUAUCAAGUUUCUUAAACGAAUGCAGGAUGGGUUUGUGAUGAAAACCACGAAGACGAUUGGCGAUAAGAUCAAGGUGCUGCAGGACCUCAAAAAUCAGCUGCUAUUAAGUAUUGCUAAACGAAUGUCCUUCCUCUGGACGCAACCGGCGAUAGCAAACCCCGCAGUGUCAAUCGUCACCGAUGGCAGCAACAGGCGUGGAGGGCGACGUCGUCGGGUGAAGCGUGGCACAACCAGCGGAUGGAUGGACCAUUCCAGUGCUCACGGAGGUAUGGAUUUUCCAUCGGCAGAAGCGGCGUUACUCACAAUCUCCUUCCUUACUUUUGCGGUUUUUCUGAUCAAACUGGUUUUGCAAGUUAUCAACACAAUCAAGGCAAAGCACUAUACUUACAACACGAUGACGGGUCUGGCCGGAAUCACUGGGAACACGCUGAAGAUUGUCAAACGAACCAAGCGUAGCAAUGUGAAGGAUGCUGCAUGGAGGAAUGAUUUGGAUAUUCUGGAUGCUAUCAACAGUUAUAGCUAUGUGUGACUUUUUCCAUGCCUUUCCAUGCGGAAAUGGCACACGGAAAAAAGUUUCCAAUACACUUGACAAAUAAUUUGACCAUUCGUAAAUUAGAAAUUAAAGGCUAAUUGGUACAUAAAAAACCAACUCUCACAUAAUUUUAAAAACAUUGAAAAGUUGGGAUGUCUUCCUUGGCAUUGGGAAUAGCUGUUGAGUGGUCACUGUGCAUAUCUGAGCCUGCAAUCCGAGUGAGAAAAAUCUCCUUCUUAUUCUUCUUUGUUUUUGAAAGGACUUAAGCUUUGCAAUGCAUUGACCUCUAACGAACAAUCCCUUCGAGAAACCAGCUUGUAAACAUUCUUGGACAGAGAUUUAUUUCAUCUGACUUGUGUUGACAUAUUGAAAAUGGAUGGGGCAAAACCAGAGUGGCUUAAAAACCCCAUAUCGUCACAUAAAACAUUAUUAAAAAAGUACAUGCAAACAAACAACAUUGGUGGUCAAAAUAUCGGCAACAUCAACAACAAUUUAAAAAAAUAAGAAAAUGACAAAGGACAAGAUACUCAUUAUGGGUUACUUCAACAUGCGUUCUAUCAGCUGGUCCCAAGGUACUUCGGGUUAUCUCUAUCCCAACCUUACUCGCUCAUCGAUGAAUCAUCCACCUUUUAUGUGUUGGUAGAACAACGAACGACCCACCUUGUGCAUUUGAACAUCUUGUGUAUGCCCACGGUGGCAUCAUAGCAAAGCGAGAGCACACCAUCAGCCUUCUGCUGUGUGCUUGAACAAUCAUGUUCAUUCAAAAAUUAGAACGCGCAG